GCAGCCUUGUAAAUGUCUAAGAUAUUCAGUCUGCAUAUCUUUCAACCUAAGAAUUGUUAUCUUUAUUUUGUUUUGAAAACUGUUUAUCUUAAGUGGGGACCAAUUUGAUUAUUAGGUAAAUCAAAGUCUGUGAAGGUGUCAAUAAUGGCUUUAUCUGGUGAAGAUCUCAACUUGGAAAGUGAUAUUAAAAGAGCCGUUGAAUUGCUCGGAAAGCUGCAACGGACUGAAUAUUCUGUAUGGAUGGGAUCAGAUGUUAAUCAAAACAAAUUAGCUGCUCUUCAAAAAGUAUUGGAAUCUGAUUUUUUCAAUGCUGUUCGUGAAGUUUAUGAACGUGUUUAUGAAACAGUGGACAUCACUGGAAGUCCUGAUAUCAGAGCUUCUGCUACGGCAAAGGCUACAGUUGCUGUAUUUGCUGCUAGUGAAGGCCACUCUCAUCCGAGAAUAGUAGAAUUGCCAAAAACUGAUGAAGGUCUAGGCUUUAAUGUUAUGGGAGGAAGAGAACAAAAUUCACCAAUUUACAUUUCAAGAAUCAUUCCUGGUGGAGUUGCAGAUCGACAAGGUGGCUUAAGACGAGGAGAUCAACUAAUCUCUAUCAACGGUGUUAAUGUGGAAGGCGGAAAUCACGAAGAGGCUGUUGAACUAUUAAAAGUAGCUCAAGGAAAAGUUGUUCUGGUUGUUCGAUAUACACCGAAAGUAUUAGAAGAAAUGGAGAUGAGAUUUGAUAAACAAAGAAUGGUUCGUCGAAGCAAAAACUAGUUUCUCCUUUUAAUCAGACUUGUUAAAAUCAACAUUUUUUAACCAAUGCUUCCAAAUCAAUCCUUUUACAUUUUUUCCUUUGUGUAACCUCAUUGUGUUUGUCUAUUAUAAAUCUAUUGUAGAUUAAAAAUCAAUGCUUCAAA